CUCCGUUGGCAACUGCGUAUGCAUAAAAGGCCACAAUGCACCUUGGCUGGUUGAUUUAGCUAAGGCAACACCGCUUUACAUUUAAUCACAUCCCAGACUUGUCGCUUUAUCACAUUCUGUUCAAAAUUUGUACGCUAUGUAUAUCCCCACUGUUAGGGUAUGUGUACUCGAGCAGCCACGUCAAUCGAGUGCGCUUGCAUUUGUAUGACCGGUGACACUGCUGCUGUUCCACGACAGUGAAUUUAUUGUCAACGAAGCACAGGUGACGAAUUUUCCCCCAUGAAGAUCGUUAAGAGAAAGUUGGCGUUAGCUGUCCCGUCUUAAAGGAAAUACACAUAUAUGAACAUGAGCAGCAAGGGAAAUAUGACACGAAGACGAGGAUUAAAUAUGUACGCGAUUUUCUCCUUCAUCGCAGUACUUCAUGUGUAUCUCCAAGGUGCGUACAGUUCCGAGGACGACCACCACGAUGAAGACCACGACCCAGACAUUGAGAACGCACUGUUGUCCAGUAUAUUUGCCAACUAUAACAGCAUAUCUGUCCCGCUCAGUCCUGGAGGUCCACUGGUCGUCAGCCUUGGGCUGGCCGUCAACAGAAUCAUCGACCUGGACGAGAAGAACCAGAUCCUCUUCAGUGCUGUUUGGCUAAGAAUGACAUGGUCCGACUCUCGCCUAUCCUGGAACGAGAGCCUGUAUGGUCACAUCGAGGACAUCCACGUGCCCAUAACAAGUAUCUGGCGACCGGACAUCAUCCUUUAUAACGAUGUGACGGAGGAACAACGGACGCUGGACGCCUACAAAGCCCAAGUGAAGUCUGACGGCAGCGUCAAAUGGCUGGCGCCGGCGCUUUACCAGAGCUACUGCAAACUGGACGUCCAAUACUUCCCAAAGGACCUACAGGUGUGUCCCAUGAAGUUUGGCUCCUGGAGUUUUCAUGGAGAUCAUCUGAAUUUGGUGAACAUGACGGAAUAUGGCGACGUCUCCAAUUACGUCGCUAACGGAGAGUGGGAGCUGGUUGCCUUGCCAGUUGUCCGUCACGUCGUGACGUACCAAUGUUGCUCUGAGGCUUACCCGGAUGUGACGUUUUACUUCGUCAUGAGAAGGCGGAGUCUCUAUUACAUGUUCAAUAUCAUGGUGCCUUGCAUUUUUAUCGUAUCCAUCGCUCUGCUGACGUUUUACCUACCGCCAGAGUCUGGAGAGAAGGUUUCUCUUGUGGUCACGGUGUUGUUGGCGCUGACAGUGUUCAUGCUGCUAGUGGCGGAGAUUAUGCCUCCCCAAGCUGAUGCUAUACCGCUGAUAGCAAUUUAUUUUGGCUGUGCCAUUCUCCUGCUGUGCAUCUCCACAGCCAUGACGGUGAUGGUGAUGAACAUGCAGUACAGCGGGGCGCAUGGUGCACGUGCUCCUCCCUGGCUCAGGAGAAUCGUCCUUGGCAACUUGGCCAAGGCCAUGUGUCUUCAGAGACUGGUGAAGCAGAACCUAGAAAACUGGAAUCCAUCUGAGGUACAAGAUAAAGUCGCCCCUGCUGUAAACGGCAAAAUACCCAAGAAGGAUGAAGAAUACUUGACAACAGAAACACCAUUACAGAAAUUUAAGUCAACGACAAGCCUAUGCAGGACACCACAGAUACGCCCUCUUUCGGCGCCUCCAGAAGACAAGAAAGGAAACAACCAAGACAAUGAUACGUUGGCGAAAAUUUUACGGAGGUUGGAUGGGUUCGAGGAACAUUGGAAAAUGAAACGGCGUUACGACAUAUGCAAAAUGGAAUGGGAGUUAAUCGUAUUAGUAGUUGAUAGGAUGUUUCUUUUUCUUUUCUUCUUUAUGACAUUUGUGAUAAAUUUAAUAUUUCUGGCGUAUAACCCCGAUACGAGUGAUUACAGCUUGGAUGUUAAGUAGAUAUUCGCGUUAUAAACGUUUAUGUACUGACAAACAGAAGAAAAACGCCUAUGCAUCUUCCCAAGCCAU